AUGAACUGCUCUGCCAGCUGGAGCCACACGAAUAUGAGGCGGCACGCGCUGGGGAUUAUUAUUAUUAUGGCCAUUGUUGUUGAUGUUAACCGCGUUACACGGUGCCACUCGACACCCACUUUGGGUCUCCACGGCCGAGGUGGUGCCUUCGCGAUGGGCGGCCUGCCGGACGACUUCCGUUCUGCAGCCCGCCCUGGCCUGAAGAGUCCCAGGUGGGUCGAUGCAGAGGCCGAUCUGAACGGUCGUGAGCCAGCACCGAGCGUGCUAGGCGGCAGAUUUUUCUUAAAAUGGGGUUUGCCCUGUCCUGGGUUUUCACCAAAUCCAAGUAGUUGUGACGGAUAUCAGCCGAUGAGCGUGGCAUGUUAUCAGUGA